GAGGACCCCGAGUGGAAGGUAGCACUACGUAAAUAACAGGGCUAACCAGAGGAGUGGGGUCUGAGGCUGCCUGCAACAACACAAGGCAAAAAAAGCCCCGGUCCCCUGGGGAUAAUAGCUGGUUACUUUGUAGGCUGUCAGGAGAAGGAAUUACCCAAUCAAAAAUGUAGUGGCUGCAUUUCUCCGGCAAAAGUUUCUCGUGUCAUGAAAAUGGCUGGCAGAUCGAAAGCUUCGGGGAGCUGAAUCGGCUUCACUUCAUUUCCCUGAACCACCAUCAGAGGCAGGAUCGCUCUCCCCCCUCCGCCGGCAGCAUGGAGAGCGUGCGCGAGCUCCAGGACCCGCUCCUGGCCAAGGCCCACGGGCACCUCCGCGGCACCUACUCCUACCACCAGCAUCACAGCCAGGACUACCCCAGCCACCGCUGCCAAGGGAAACUGUACUCCUACAUCUUCCAGAACACGGGCGGUGCCAGGACUCACCAGCUGCUGGACGCCAGUUCCCUGCAGCUGGCUGUCGAAGCCUUGUACGGCCCCAACUUCAUCCUGGUGAAGGAUGAGACCGCUCUCAAGGCCAAGGACAGCAAGGCGGAAAGCUGUGAGACCACUUUCACGGAAAGCAAAGAGGCCCCGUCUGAAGGUCCCGACGGGCACGACACGCAAGGGUCACGCCUGGUAGAAAGCGACAUCCGCAUCCAAACGGUGUCCUACGAGGUGGAGGAGGAGGAGCUGCAGGAGUACGAGAGCGACUCCUCCAGUGACAGCGAAAGCGAGGACCAUUUCCUGAUGCUUCCUCCCCGGGACCACCUGGGCUUGGCCCUGUUCUCCAUGCUGUGCUGCUUCUGGCCCCUGGGGAUUGCUGCCUUCUACUUCUCCCAAGGGACCAGCAAGGCUGUCUCCAAAGGAGAUUUCCACCUGGCCAGCUCAGCUUCCCGCCGAGCUCUCUUCCUUGCGGCGCUCUCCAUAACCAUCGGCACAGGCGUGUACGUCGGGGUGGUGGUGGCACUCAUCGCUUACCUCUCCAAAGGGGGCCACGUGUAGCUGCCACCUGCACACCAGCGCCGUCCCCAGCCGCCUGCCCUCCUGGGAUCAAGCUUUCCUGCGGAGCACAGGGUGCCAGUGCUCGCAAGGGCUACUCGCACAGCAGGACCUGGGCUUGGAUGCCCUGUGCAGGCUCUUUCCCUUUUCAGACUAACAGCAGAUCCUUGGAGAUAUUCAAAAGCCACCUGGAUAUGGUCCUGGGCAACCUGCUCUGGGUGGCACUGGUUGGGCAGGGGGUUGGACCAGAUGGCCUCCAGAGGUCCCUGCCAGCCUCAGCCACCCUGUGAGUCUGUGACACCCGUUCUGCCUGGUGCUGUGGGGUGACACCAUCCAACAGCAGGGAACUGAGCAGCGGGCUGCCUGCUGGGACCAUGAGGAGCACCAUGGAAGAAGUCCAAGAGUGAUGCCAUGUGCCGCUGCAAGCCUGGUGCCACCAUCCCUGCUGCAGGGCUGUGGCACCCCUGCAGCCACUGGGCAAUGACCGCUCUUUCUUCUGGGCAUCUGGGGCCCAGGUGUGGUGUCAGGACUCCCAUGAUGGGGACAACGCUCUCAUUUUGGUGCCACGGGUGGCACCUGACCCUUCAGCUGCAGCAAAGGAGGAGGGCGCAGCAUGGACACGACCAAAAGGCUCUGGGGUGGUCUCUGCAUCCCCCUCGGGACAGAUCCAUGGUCACCAGCCCAUCCCAGACAAAAGAAAAAAAAAAAAACAAAAAAAAAAAAAACAAGGAGAAGUGCAAGCUGCAGACACUGAUCAUCAAAGGUGUCUGGCAGAGCCAGCAAGGCUUUCCAGCAUUCAUGACUGUCACGAUAAUUGCAAGUCAGACCCCCAGAAAGGCUGGGAUCCCACAGUGCUUCGCCCUGCGGAGACUUGCAGUGGGAGUUUCUGCCCAAGACGUGACCGGGGGGGAGGAACUAGGGGGGAAGAUCUCGGCUCUCGGCACUAGGUCGGGGGCUUGAGCACCAAAGGGGUGGAGAGGAAAGGCUGGCACAGCAUGCAGAGCCCGGGGUGGGGUGCUGGGAGUUGGGCACAGGGUCCUGAGGGGGGAAGUCUUGGAGGCAGCACAAGAGAUGGGGGCAUCUCUGUCAUCCAAAGGCAAGGAAAAGCCCAUCCACGUCUACAACUUACUUUUGCCAAUUCAUGUGUUGUCAGCGACACACCAAGUGCUUCGGGGUGGAUGUGAAGGCAAUGACUCUGCCCCAAAGGGCUCCCCCUCCCCAGUACCCUCCUUGCCCCUCUCUGCCGAUGGCUCUGCAAGAGGUGCAGCGUGCCCCUCCGGCUGCGUGUCAUACAAAUGUACAUUUCACCCUAAAGAAGCAUGUUAAUGUCUGCGAUUUCUGUUGUACUCGAGCCAUAAAGGAGAGAAGCACAUCAGAGACCUGUUCGGAAGCAGUUCUGAAAGUUCCCAUUAUCUUUUAUAAUGUGGAAGAGCUAAUAAAGGAGCAGGCAAAAAGGA